UCUCCUCUCCUUCAACGGCAGAACAAGAGAAAUCGCAGCAGCCCACUCUUUUCUCCAGCACGAGUCCUUCUCCUUUCUCUUCACCAACAAGUAAGAGGAACGCGAGCAACAGCCCCUCCCUUCCCUUUCUUUAUCUUCUUCCUUGUUCUCCUGCAUCUGGGCAAGCACCACCGGAGCUCGCUGGAGCUUGCUGGAAAAGGAGGGGAAGGAACCCUAGCUGUUGCCCUCUUUUGGAAACAAGAGCAGCAAGUUGUUGCUCUCUUUUCCAACCGAUCACAACUGCUGUCGGAGCUCCGCCGGAGCUAGCUGUGGUCACGCCGAAAUCGCCGAGGCUACUGGUAAAGAGAGAAAGAUAAUCUAUUUCCGUAUUCUUUUGUUUUCAGCCCUCCCUUCUUCUCCGAUAGCUUCAACAGCAACACACUAGAUGUUGCCUUUCUUUUUCCUAGCAAAUACCCACUUUUGUUGUCCUUGCUUCUUGGCUGCAACUGUUGGAGCUCGUCGCAACUUGCUGGAGUUGCCAACAAAAAGAGGAGGAGAACCUAAUUGCUGUCCUCAUUUCCAGCAACCACAACAAUCCUUAGAAGACACGAGCUCGAUUGGAGCACGGUGACCUGCCGACAUUCGAAUAUUUUGCUGUAUAUAAGAUACAGGGAUUCUUUUGAUAUUGUAGUUGAUUUUGGACUUCCAUAGAGUUGUUCAGAGAUCUCGACGUGCUGAUUUUCUGUUAAUGGCGUCACCAAGUGAACCCUGUGAACUCGUCUGUAACAACACUUUCUCUAAUGGAGUCGCCGAUCUCUUCUCACUCAGCGAUGGAAAUCUCACCAUUAAUGGAGUCACAUUGCUCUCGGAGGUCCCUGAAAAUGUCGCCUUUACGAGCUUUGGUGCAGUAAACCACGCUUCUUCCAAUGCGCCACCGUCGCUCGUCAAGGAAGUCCAGUCUCGAUCCCACAAGGGCGGCUUCCUCGGCUUCGCCCAUCCGGAAGCUUCCCCCUGUCCGACGAAUUCUCUCGGAAAAUUCUCUGACCGGAGGUUCCUCAGCAUCUUCCGGUUCAAGACAUGGUGGUCGACCAUGUGGGUGGGCAGCCGCGGCUCCGACCUGCAAGCGGAGACCCAAUGGGUGCUCUUCGAGGUGCCCGAGGUGGGCUCCUACGUUCUCCUCCUCCCCUUGAUCGAGGGUAAAUUUCGAUCUGCUAUCUCCCACGGCGACAGCGACGGCGACAGCGACCACGUACUGCUCUGCGGCGAGAGCGGGUCUUCCCGAGUGCUAGCCGACUCCUUCAAAGCCCUAGCGUACGUUCAUGUCGGCGACAACCCCUUCACCCUGAUGCGGGAAGCCUACGCCGCCGCUAGGGUUCACCUCGGCACGUUCCGACUGAGGGAGGAGAAGCCGCUCCCGCCCAUCGUCGACAAAUUCGGGUGGUGCACCUGGGACGCUUUCUACUUGACGGUCGAGCCGAUCGGGGUGUACCGCGGCGUCAAGGACUUCGCCGACGGCGGGAUUCCGCUGCGGUUCCUCGUGAUCGACGAUGGGUGGCAAAGCAUAAACUUGGAUUGCGAAAACCCUAACGAGGACCGCAAAAAUCUCGUCUUUGGCGGAGAGCAGAUGACCGCCAGGCUUUACAGGUUCCAGGAGGGCGAGAAGUUCCGCAAGUACAGGGGAGGCAGCCUCCUCACCUCCGAAACCUUAACCUACGAUAGGUACAAGCCAAAGAAGAUCUUUUCCAAGGCGAAGGAGGCCAAAGAAGCGAGAAAGGCCGGAAACAAGGCCAAAGAACUCGAAUUGAGAAGAGAAAUCGACCAAAUGCUCGAGCAAAAAGGUGAAAUUUUAGCGGAAGGGAGAGGGGACAGCGGCGAGAGGGUUGGAUUGAGCGGUUUGAUUUUGGAUUUGAAGUCGGAGUUCAAGGGUUUGGACGACAUCUACGUGUGGCAAGCGCUCUGCGGAGCGUGGGGCGGAGUGCGACCUGGAAGCACUGACCUGGACUCCAAGCUAGUGCCGGUCAAGCUCUCUCCCGGCUUGGCGGGAACCAUGAACGAUCUCGCUGUCGACAAGAUCGUCGAGGGCGGCAUUGGCCUCGUCAAUCCGGCGCAGUCAGGCGAGUUUUACGACUCCAUGCACUCGUAUCUCGCCGGCGCCGGAAUCACCGGAGUCAAAGUGGACGUCAUCCAUACACUGGAAUACGUGAGCGAAGAAUACGGAGGCAGGGUUGAGCUCGCGAAAGCAUACUACGACGGUUUGUCGAAGUCAAUAUCGAAGAACUUUGAUGGUACGGGGAUCAUCUCCAGCAUGCAGCAGUGCAAUGACUUCUUCUUCCUUGGAACUUGGCAAGUCAACAUGGGAAGAACCGGUGAUGAUUUCUGGUUCGAGGAUCCUUACGGAGAUCCCAUGGGAGUUUACUGGCUGCAAGGCGCACACAUGAUCAACAACUCCUACAAUAGCCUGUGGAUGGGGCAGUUCAUGCAGCCGGACUGGGACAUGUUCCAGUCCGACCACGCCUGCGGCGAGUUCCACGCGGCGGCGCACGCCAUCUGCGGCGGACCCAUCUACGUCAGUGACGCCGUCGGCUUCCAUAACUUCGAUCUACUCAAAAAGCUCGUCUUCAACGACGGAAGCAUCCCCAUAUGCCUGCACUAUGCUUUGCCGACGAGGGACUGCUUGUUUGCCAAUCCCCUAUUCGACCAAACGACCGCUCUCAAGAUUUGGAACCUCAACAAGUUUGGCGGUGUGAUCGGAGCUUUCAAUUGCCAAGGCUGUGGAUGGAACCCCGAGGAGAAGAGAGUGAAAGGCUACUCCCACUGCUACAAGGAAGUCACCGGAACAGUUCAUGUGUCAGACAUGGAAUGGGAUCAAGUGGAGACUUGCACCGAACUGGGUGAGGCAGGCGAGUACGCGGUGUAUCAGCACAAGGCCAAGAAACUAUUUCUCAUGGCUAGAAACUCCGACGCGAUCCGCUUCACCCUCCAGCCUUCCUCCUUCGAGCUUUUCAGCUUCGUGCCGGUGAAGAACAUCGGGACUGACGUGAAGUUCGCUGCCAUUGGGCUGGUGAACAUGUUCAAUUGCUGCGGGACUUUGAUGGAUGUGGAAGUCGAUGGGGUUGCUGUUAGGAUGAUGGUGAAAGGGGGAGGUGAGCUCUUGGUGUACUCCAGCAGGAAGCCAAGUGGGUGCUUCUUGAAUGGAGCUGCGGUUGGGUUCGAUUACUGCGCGGAGGAUGGGAAGAUGAGGGUGGAGGUUCCAUGGCAGGAGGAGAGUGGUGGUGUCUCUCAAGUCGCAUUUGAUUACUGAUCUCUCAGGGGUGUCUUAAUAAUGCUCUUUUAUAUUUAACUAAUAAUGAUAAUAACUGGUCCUGUGCUUUUAUAAUAAUGGGCUGAAAGCUCUAAUUUUUCUCUUUUCCCAUA